AUGACACAAAACACGCCACCACUACCGUCGUCAAUGUCAAACGAUAGCGAUGACCUAUUCAACAAUCUUAUCAAUUACGAUGAAGAGCAUGAUGAAUUUUUCCCUACAAACACACAAACGCAGCAACCACCGGCUGUUACGUUUUUGGAACCCCAUACCGAUCUAUCGGCAAAGUUUUCUUUUAACAAUCACCAAAACGAGUUAUUUAGUAUGAACAACGAAAACUUAAAGAAAAUGAUGUCAGAUCAUGGUAAAUCACAACCUGAUACAAAUACUUAUAAACUAGAUAUCGUGGAGCAACCUCAGCAAUGCCGCAUGUCAGGCUACGGCGAAAAAGACAGACGGCCUAUUGACCCUGCACCCAUUGUCCGAUUAGUUGUUGUAGAUAAUGCAAACAAUUCAACGCAACAAGAUCAUAUAGAAUGCCCAUUUUACAUUAUGCACGCAUCGCUCUGGUCGGUAGAUAUGACGAAGCGAUAUGAUAUUAUCGAAGGAACAGCCCCACAUCCACUGCGAUUUCUGAUCGGAUCAUUGGUGAGCUCGCCCUCACUACUGAAAGAUCUGAACAAUGAUAGAGCGUAUUAUUUCUCAUUUCCUGAUCUAAGCAUACGUAUGACGGGUCAAUAUCGACUACAGUUUAGCUUAAUACAUUUGGCAAGGAACAAGAUUAUUCAAGAAGUCUUCUCGGAUCCAUUUACAGUCUAUUCGGCAAAGUCGUAUCCUGGAAUGAAAGAAUCCAGUCUACUGUCUAGACAUUUAGCAAAACAAGGUUUGAAAUUGACUGUACGCACUCAAGUUAGACCUAAAAAGGACGACAAAUAA